AUGGACGGACAGCACGGCGAGGGGGCGGCGCAGCCGGUAAUCGCGCUGGGGCAGAUGCUGGCGGAGAUCGCGGCCAUGCAGCGGGACCAAGCAGAGGCCAACCGGCACUUCAUGGGGGCGCUGCAAGCGCAGGCGGACCGGCAGACCCGCGCGCUAGAACAACUGGCAGCCCGGCCAGCUGCUGCCCCUCCGGCGCCGGGCUCCUCAGCGUACGCGGGGCUGGUGGUCCACAAAAUGACGGCCACAGACGACGUCCAGGCAUACCUGGAGAUGUUCGAGGCGAUGGCGGGGUCGUGCGGCUGGCCGGCGGAGGAGUGGGCGAUCCGCCUGUUGCCACUCCUAACCGGGGAGGCGCAGAUGGCAGCCCUCAGCCUUCCUCCCGGGGCCCGGCACACGUAUGCGGAGGUGAAAAGAGCCAUCGUGGACCGGGUAGGGUUGUCCCCUGAAGAUCAUCGGCGGGCCUUCCGAGAGGCGAGGCUCUCCCCGGGGGACCGCCCGUUCGCGUUCGCGCAACGCCUGAGGGACUCGGCUAACAGGUGGCUGCAGCCAGGGGGCGCGGGGGGAGCGCCGGCGGUGGUUGAGAAGGUGGUGACGGAGCAGCUCCUGGAGGGUUUGCCGCCCCGGACGGCGGCGUGGGUCCGCUAUCACCGGCCGGCGACCCUGGAGGCCGCCGUCACCCUAGCCGAGGACCACCUGGCGGUCCACCCCGGCUGGCAGAGGGAGGACGCCCGACCUCCGGCGAUCGCCCGGCCGGUCCCGGCGCCGCGAAGGAGGGGCCCGCAGCAGACCGGGGCGCAGGCCCCGCAACCAUCAACCCCGUCCCGGGUUUCCGAGGCCCCGGGCCCGGCCGGACCCGGCAGCCUUCCCGACCCGCCGAGAGCGCCUCAAUCGUCAGGGCAGGAGUGUUGGAGGUGCGGGCUGCCCGGACACCAUCGCCGGGAGUGCCCGCUGAUGGAGGUGGGCCAGUCGGUGCGGGUUGCCGGGCCUCCAACACCCUCCCCCGGCCCAGGAGAGACGUACUGCGUUCCGGUAAGGGAAGUGACGUCACCCUACGGUGCGUCCAGCCCACUCACUCGACGGGCAGAACGGUGGCGCGCAUGCGCAGUACAUCCGUGGGUCUUGUCCACUAUUUCUCAGGGGUACAGACUACAAUUCGCUAUGAAGCCACCCAGAUUCAACGGGGUGUUAGUUUCAGUAGCCAAGGGCGAUUCAGCUCGAGUCCUAGAGGGCGAAAUAACAUCGCUGUUGAACAAACAGGCGAUCAGAGCUGUCCCGAGCGAGGAAGCGCAGCGGGGUUUUUACUCCCGCUACUUCCUCAUCCCAAAAAAGGGGAGCACUUCCCUCCGUCCCAUUUUAGAUCUCUCAGACUCUCGAUUUCUCAGGUUUGCUUAUCAGGGCAAAGCCUACGAGUACCAAGCCAUCCCAUUCGGGCUCUCAUUAGCCCCGCGGGUGUUCAGCAGGUGUGUGGAAGCCGCUUUGGCUCCGUUACGGAGCAGCGGCAUCAGGAUUUUCGCGUACAUAGACGAUUAUCUGAUAUGCUCCCAGUCACGGGAGCAGGCGGUCAGAGAUUCCGCUACGGUGAUAAAUCAUCUCACGGAUCUGGGGUUCAAUAUAAACUGGACAAAGAGUCGAGUCGAACCGGCGCAGUGUACAGAUUACUUGGGUCUCAACAUAAACUCCGUCUCCUAUCGCGUCACGCUGACGGAGGCGAGAGUAGCGUCCCUCACGCAGUGCCUCUCCCUCUUCCGGCUUGGGAGAGCGGUGCCGUUCAGACUAUGCCUUCGCCUACUCGGCUUGAUGGCGUCAGUGAUAUCUGUGGUACAUUUGGGGCUUCUACGGAUGAGGGAUUUUCAGCGCUGGGUCGCGGCAUUGCGCCUGUGCCCGCGCCGUCACCUCAACCGCAGAGUGAAAGUGUUACCGUCGUGCGUGGCUGCGCUCCGCCCGUGGGAGGACGUGACAGCUCUCGAGUCAGGUGUCCCGCUGGGGGCGGUGUCAUCCAGGGUAACCUUGACAACGGAUGCUUCCCUAUCAGGGUGGGGAGCAACCAUGUUGGGCAGGACGGUGAAUGGAACCUGGGACCCGAGGCUGGCUCAGAGUCACAUAAACACCUUGGAACUCUGGGCAGUGUUUUAUGCACUAAAACAUUUUCUGACAUUUCUCCAGGGACGCCACGUCCUGGUAAAAACAGACAACACCACCGUCGUGGCGUACAUCAACCGCCAAGGCGGCACUCGCUCACUGCAGUUGCACAAGUUAGCUCGAAAGCUAAUCCUGUGGAGCAGCACCAAGCUCCUGUCUCUUCGAGCCACACACGUUCCAGGGGUGCUGAACAGAGGUGCAGAUCUUCUGUCCCGAGGGAACCCUCUGUACGGAGAGUGGGCUCUUCACCCUCAAGUGGUGAAGCAAGUCUGGCAGAAAUACGGCCAAGCAGACGUAGAUCUCUUCGCCUCGCGGGAAAACACCCAAUGUCCACUGUUUUUCUCCCUGGCAGACGCGAACGCACCACUGGGGAUGGAUGCGCUGGCCCACUCGUGGCCAAACGUGCUGCUCUAUGCAUUCCCCCCGCUCAGCCUGAUCUCCCCCACUCUAGACAGGGUACGAGAGCAGGUAAUAAUCCUGAUAGCGCCGCGGUGGCCGUCCAAACAUUGGGUGGCAGAAAUAAUACAGCUCUUGACGGACGAGCCGUGGCCUCUGCCCAUACGCAGGGACCUUCUGUCCCAGGCUGGCGGGGAGAUCUACCACCCUCACCCAGACCGAAUAGCGCUCUGGGCUUGGCCGGUGAGAGGUGGAACCUGAACGCAACAGGCCUGCCUGAACGGGUCAUUGACACCAUUCAGAGUGCAAGAGCCGCCUCCACACGCUCCCUUUACAGUGGUAAAUGGCGGGUUUUUGAGGAAUGGUGCCGUCUUAGGCACAUCAUUCCUUUCCAGUGUUCGGUGGUCAACCUGCUAUGCUUUCUGCAGGAUUUAGUAGA